AUGCUUCAGCUGGCAACUGUCCUCAAGUCGAAGGACUUCUCCAUCACAGUUGCUCACGCACAUUUCAACAGUCUAGAUUACUCUGUUUUCCCCGAUUUCACCUUCUUAUGCAUACCUGACGGCUUGUCUGAAGAGGAGGUUCAAAACCCUGAUCUGAAAGCCAUUAUUCUAAGGCUUAAUGUCAACCGUGAGUCCAGCUUGAGGGAGUACCUAACUCGGAGCACAAAUCAUAUGGGGCCGGGUGACAAGAUUUGCUGUAUCAUCUAUGAUGCAGUAGUGUACUUCUUGGAAGCUGUUGCCCACGAUUUGAAGAUUCCUAGCAUUGCUUUACACUCAAGCAGUGCUGCUCCUACCAUAGUCCACCCGAUUCUUCUCCAGGUGAAGGCAUUCCGAUCCCAGGCUCUGGUGCCCCUGCAUCAGCUCCUCAGGUUCAAAGACCUACCACUCUCCAGUUUUGGAAGUUUGGACUAUUUCUUGGAGUUGGUAGUCUUGACCAGUAAUAUGAGGUCAUCUUUGGCCAUUAUAUUCAACACGAUUCACUGCCUUGAAGAGUCACCUCUGGCACAGCUUUACCAACAGUACCAAGUUCCAAUUUUUCCAAUAGGCCCUCCGCACAAACUCGCUCCUACCUCAGCUGUUAGCUUACUAAGAAAGUACUGGUUCAUGAGGCAGUGGGAGGGUUUUGGAGCCACUGUGGAUGGCACUCCACCCUGGAAAGUAUAUGUGAAGGAACCAUGUUUUGGCGAACAAAAGGUGAAUGCGAUGUACUUAACUCAUGAAUGGAGGGUUGGAUUAGAACUGGAGGGUGAGAUAGAGAGAGGGACAGUAGAAAGAGCUGUUAGAAAAUUGAUGAAGGAAAAGGAAGGUGAAGAGAUGAGGCAGAGGGUCUUGGAUUUGAAGCACAAGUGCGAUGUUAGUAUAGGUGAUGGCGGAUCUUCUUGCCAUUAUCUGAGCAAGCCGGUUGAGUUGUUGAGAUCAUUCUAG